AUGGUGGGUGCCGGGCCAUUUCCAGGCCGCUCCCAGGCCUGCCCACCGUACCCGCCCAAUGACCCGAAAAUCCUGCCCUCAUCAAAACGGGCUGGCUUUCCUUUUGGCCCUGCAUUUAUGACAGUUAGACCAGGAGCACACUGGAUGUACGCAGUGUGUUUUAUUUUAUUUAUGCUCCAUCAAUACCCUUAUGCUUUGGACUUUAAGUACCAUCACAUGACUUCUCUCGAGGCUUAUCUUCAGGAUGUGCAAACGAAUUAUUCAUCUAUUACCCAUGUCUACAGCAUUGGAGAGUCAGUGGAAGGACGGGAACUUUGGGCUAUUGCAAUUGGAGAAACCCCAAUGGAACAUCGCAUUGGCAUUCCUGAGGUUAAAUACAUUGGAAAUAUCCAUGGAAAUGAGCCUGUAGGCAGGGAGAUUCUGCUGCAUUUAAUCGAUUACCUGGUUACAAGUUAUGGACACGACAAGAACAUCACCAGAUUGAUUGGUAGCGUGAGAAUUCAUAUUCUGCCCUCGAUGAAUCCUGAUGGGUUUGAAAAAUCGAUUGUUGGAAAGUGCACAGGCACCCGUGGACGAUACAACAGUAAUCAAAUAGAUUUAAACAGAAAUUUUCCUGAUCCUUUUGGAAAAACAGCGUCAUCUCUUGAGCCAGAAACUGAGGCAGUGAUACGGUGGAUUCAUAGUGAACCGUUUGUGUUGUCUGCUAGUAUUCAUGGAGGAGCCAUUGUGGCUGCUUAUCCAUAUGACAAUAACAACCUAGUGACCCUGAAUAGCAACAACUAUAGUCGGAGUCCUGAUGAUGAUGUGUUCAGAUACUUGGCAAAAAUAUAUUCUUUUCACCAUAAAACCAUGUCCAAAGGGAAUUUGUGUAAGAUGAAAUUCCUGAAUGGCGUGACGAAUGGAGCUAAAUGGUACAGGAUAAUAGGCGGUAUGCAAGACUACAAUUAUGUAUGGGGCCAGUGCUGUGAGCUGACGUUAGAGCUGUCUUGUUGCAAGUACCCAACUGCAGCACAACUGCCACGCUUCUGGGAACAGAACAAAGUUCCACUCAUCUUCUUUAUCCAGCAAGUCCAUUUAGGAUUAAAGGGCAGAGUUCUGGAUGAUAAGGGAAAUCCUAUUUCCAAAGCAAUUGUAAACAUUUUUGGCAGGAGUAAUCUUGUCCCAUACCAAACCAAUUCUCUGGGAGAAUACUACAGGCUUCUAAUACCUGGGGAAUAUGUUCUUGAGGUCGAAGCAGAAGGAUUUGAUUCUUUGAACAAGACAGUGGAUGUGUUUGACACUAUAAACCUCUAUUCUGCUGCAGUUUAUGACUUUGUACUUCAGAGGUCAAAAUAA